AUGGACUUAGACUAUCGGAAUCUGCUGGCACCAAAUGGGCCACACCUGAUUCCCCAAAGCGACUUUCGGUCCCCCAGUCUUCCCCGGCCGCCCCCGGGCGUUAAUUUCAUGCAACGAAGCCCGGAAUCAGGCGAGAUGGAGAAGACCCCGCCUGUCACGGGCAAGCGCCGAGGUGGAAGCCGAAAGGCCUGUAAUGAGUACGUGUCCACAUCCCCCCUGCACCGCGCUGAAGCUGAAGCCGUCGCGACAUUACCCAGUUACGAUGUGAUAUUGUACAAACUCCCGCUGCGGCAUGCUCCCGCUGCCGUAGGCUCGGGAUUGACUGCAAAGUUGAACAAUCGUUUAAACGUAUCUCCAAGCGAAGUACAAAGACGCAAUGCCGAGAUGGAGAAGGAAAUUGCAGACCUUCGUCGCCGGCUUGAAACAAAUCCUGAAGAACAUGCAGGUGAACAUCAUACUGCUGACGAGAUGUCACAAACUUCAGAAGAAGGUUUCCGUCGGCGUGAAUCUUCUGCGGUGGAUCGGUCACGCCCGGUAUCAGUACCGGCAGAGCCUCAUCCUUCCAUGUCAACACCUCUCACCAUGCAGCGGUCUGGCUCCAUUCUCUCACAGGAUGAGAAUACCCCAUGGAGACUCGAAGAUGUUACCCUAUCGCGAGCUCGCGUCGCACGACUCUUUGAACAAUACUACAACUAUUACCACCCCUUUCUUCCGCUUCUGAAUCUACCCAAACCUCCUGAGGUCUACCUUGGUCGCUGUCCUUUGCUGGCAUGGACUAUUGUUUGUGUUGCUAGUCGGCGAUCACCAUCUGACCCCGGGUUGUUGAGUGCACUGUCAGGACCUUUCAGCCGUCUACUAUGGUCAACCAUUACCAAUGUUCCUCAGGAUUACCGAGUAGUCAAGGCACUAUGUGUCUUAUGCACAUGGCCUCUCCCCACGACAAGCCAGCGGACCGAUGCAACGUUCAUGCUUAGUGGUCUGAUGAUGCAGAUUGCCAUGCAGCUGGGUUUGCACCGCCCAGUUCAGCCGGAGGAGUUCACAACAUUCCAAAUGGGGGUCCAAGGCGAAGCACUAAAAGAUCGACUGCAUACGUGGAUCAUCUGCAACAUAGUGGCCCAGAACGUUGCAACUGGUUAUGGUCAACCUCCAAGCACGAUGUACGACUGGGCUCUUGAGCCUGCGUCUUUAAAAGAUGCGGACUACCGCCUGCAGACGGACCUUGCCAUUCGACUUCGCAUUGAAAAGUUCUGUGAUCGGGUGACCAAAGCUCUUUAUAGUAGUAGGCCCGACCCUGGUGAAUUUGUUAGUGUGGAGAAACUCGUGAUCGUUCAAUUACUCGAGAGCGAACUGAGGGAGAUGGAGGUUGAGUUUGGACAAGAAAUUUCUGCGAUUAACAUGAUUCACCUGCGUGCUGCCGAGCUACAUUUCCGGUAUUUUGUUUUCCUAGGCCCCAGCCCACGGAGUGACGAUCUCACCAAGCUCUUCAUCGCAACGACUUCGUUCCUAGGACGAGUAUUGGAUCUUGAAACUGCCCCGGGCGAGCUCAUUGGACACUCAACCAACUAUAUCCUUCAAAUGAUUGUUUCCGCUGCUUUUGCUUUGAUGAAGCUGUUGAAGAGCAGCUUUAACAGACACAUUGACUUCAAUCAUGGCAAGCUGUUGUUCAAUGGCGCCAUCUCGGCCAUCCGCCGAAUUAGCGUUAUGGACCAUGACCGCCCUAUUCGCCUUGCUGAUAUUCUCGCUCAGAUGUGGAAUGCGACUGGCCCAGAGCCAGCUGGGGAAGACGGUCUUCAGCUAAAAAUUCGUUGUAGAAUGAGCAUGAGCCAUGUCUAUGAUACUGUAUGGCGCUGGCGACAACGAUUCCGGCCAGUGAAGAGUAUCGAAGAAAUGCAAGCGGCGGCUGCUGCGGCCAAUAUAGACAUCACCACAACAGCCGGACCCAUGCGGCAACAAGACAUCUCCCUCGAGGACCCGUCCUUGUUGUUACCGACUCAAUUUGAUGAAAGCGGCGCAUUUUUCACCGAGGCUGGUUUCUCUGAAGUUUUCGACUCUCUUAACUGGGUUUUUGAGGGCAUCCCGGAUUCAUUCGUCGCACCGCCGAUUUUAUAA